CGAUGAUGCGUACGUUGAAAGCUAGGUCGCUCGUUGAAAACCGGUCGGUAUGUUUACUUGCGGACCCACUAAUCGAAUAAUCACCGAGGCGAUCAGCCGUUCGCAAGCUGCCGCUUGCAAUCGCGACACCGUCCUCCGUAUGAGAAUUCAUCUGUAAACGCGUAUGCGCCUAUUCUGAUUUUACCUGAGGAAGCAUCUCGUACAGGCAGGACGCCGGCAGUUCCGCGGUCGAAGAUGGUGAAAAUAGCGUUGCGGAUCACGUGCAGACUCGACAACGUCGAGGAGCUGCGGCCGUCAGGACCCGAGUUCAGGUGGUGUCUCAAGUUCACUUGCUGCAAUUGCGGCGAGACAUCGGACAAGUGGAACUACGUCUCCCUGGACGAGUCGACACCGGUGCAACGGGGAAGCGGGGUCAAUCACUUCGUGAGUAAGUGCAAGCUCUGUUCCCGCGAGAACUCCAUGGCGAUAAUCGAGGACUCGGUCGGGUCCUUCACCGCGAACGACCAGGGACAGUUCAAGACGAUCGUCGUGUUCGACUGCCGGGGCAUCGAGCCCUCCGACUUCUCUGCGCGAGAGGGAUGGGUGGCCAAGGCAGUGGACGGCGGCAAGGAGUUCGCCGACGUGGAUCUGAGCGAGGGCGAGUGGGAGGACUACUGCGACAAGAUCAUGGAGCCUGUUGGGAUAUAUGAGAUCCAGCAUAGGUUCGAGAGAAUCAAGUGAGAUCGUUGACUCGCCGGACGGUGCCGUUUUCAUUGUCAGGAUUUCACGACAGAUCAAUUUUUCCCUGCCGAUUAACGAAACGAAGUCAACACACGUCUGUUAUGUGUAAAUAUGUAAAGAUAUACAUUACAGUCUUCAAUGCCUCUUUCAUUUCUUACACACAGAUUGUUAAUAUAUAAAGUUAUAAGAUUGUUAGAUCUUCUCAUUGAAUUGAGAAGAUGAAUAUCGUUCAUUUUCUGGCUACGUAGAAUUUGCAUCUGUGAAUUUACAUUCUAUUAUACCACCUCUUUCUGCAUCUGUAAUCAAUGAAUGAGUAUGUCAGAAAGAGAUGCUUGAACUGAAAUUUCAAUGAUCAUAUAAUGGGAUAAUAAUAAUAAUAAUAAUAAUAAUAAUAAUAAUAAUAAUAAUGCUGUUAUACUGGCCUCGUGGAAAAUUAUCUUGCUCAUGCUUGAAGUUCAAAAGAAUAAUUGAAGUGAAUUUUUUUUCCACCUUCAAAGAUAAUGUCAAGAAAUUAAAAAGUAAAUUGAAUGUGUCUAGAAAUUUAUAUUAUACUUGGAAAUUUUACUGCCUAAUUUUGAAUCUUUUCAGUCAUUUGUUACACGCGCACACUUGUUUGACACGUAUUAUACAACAUGUAUAAACGAGCACAGCUUGCAAUAUUUGGAGUUGACUGAAGAUUUGAACUCUUCUAGAAUUCUUCGCUCUCACUUUUA